CCUGGAAGAGGGAACUGCUUGCUCUUGCUGGCUUGGUCUCUGUCCACAGAAAUGGGACUCAGGGCAGUCCUAGUACCAGAGCAAGGCAGUACCAUAAAAAACAAUUAAGCCAUCACUAGUUUCUCCUUCCACUGGGAAAAGACAAGAACCAAUUGCUCAAGCUACACAAGAAAGAAGGAGCUGAAGAGGUAAGCAACAAGGUACCUGUGGGGGUGAGCUGCUGAGACAGGGGAGCAAACCACAAAGGGGAGGGUAGUCAGGGCUAGUGGCGUGCAGAGGGCGUGACAGUCAAGACAGCCAGCAGCCUUGCUGGCAGAAAUCAUCCUGCAGGGUAUGGCUGCCUCUUUAACUGCACCAUACAAGGAUGGCUUGGCCAUUUCUAGAAUACAAAGUGCUGGGUUGUGUGUUCAUGCUUUGGUCCUGGGAGGGCCUGCGCACAACAAGACAGGGGGAGGGCUGCAGACCCCAUGUGAGAGCACCUGGAGAAGACUAGAGUCAUGCAGAGAGAGGAGAAAGGCACUCCCAGUAAUAGCGGGAGAAACCCACUGAUGCAAUUGUACACAGCUUUUGGCCAGGUUCUCAACCUUAUGUAACUGGGUCUGCCUGUGUCUCCUGAGCCACAUUUUUUCCCUCUCUUGGCAGCAGGCUUCCACUGUGCCCUCCCCUGAACCCCACUGCUGCGUGCAGUAUGACGGGUAGAGCUCCAGUUGCAUCAGUUUGGGGGUUGUUGCCAGGCAGAACAUGCAGCACUGUCCUUGAGGCAGCCCAAUGCCAUGUUUAACCCUGCCAGGCAUGGCAAGAGGUGGGGUCAGCUGCGAGAAGUCAGAAAAUAACCCACAGGUGCUUGGAGAGGGUCUGCAUGAAUUUCUGAAGGUUGUUUAUGUCGCGUUUCAGUCAAAAGAAGAGAGAAACUGUGCAGCCCUCAGCAGAAGACAGUCCAAGCAGCUUCAAUACGUGACAUUUCUCCGUGAAGGGUUUUUGAAAGGUGCUAUUCCUUGUCCAAAGGCUUUGUGAGUGAAUGCCAUGGGAGGCCUGCCCUCCAGUCUGGGGCUGGGGACCCUGGCUGGGCCUGCUGGCUGCACCCCACCACCUCCCAGCCUGCCUCCAGCCCUGAAUCCCUGUCCCCCUUUGUGGCCUCAGCAGCGCCCAUUGCAGCACUCUGGUCAAUGGCAGGUCAUGGCUCUGCAGCAGUGUCAGCCCAGCCCUGGCACUGAGGGAAGGGGCCAGUGCUUUGCAUCCGGGGAGGUGAAGCCUUACUGCUGGUGGUGUAGUGAGCAUGGGUUGAGUGCAAGUGGUUCUUCCUCCUCCCACUCAGAUGGGGAUGUAAACAGGAAAAAAUCACACAGAGUGCUGGCCUCUUCAGUGAAGGCAUCAACAGUUUGUUUGCCCAAAGAUUGGCUCUUGUCCCUGAGCAGCUCUUCAGACUCUGGUCAUUUGCUGCCAUGGCAAUAAGACAAGACUUAGAGCAGUCCUUGGAAGACAGGGAGGGUGCAAAUGCCCCUCAUUAAUCCCAGGCCUGCAGGAAUCAAGAGACAGGAAGGCAUAGGUUCACAUCACUGAGCAGAAUAGGCCCUUCUGGGAAUGGUGUAAUCUGUGCCUUGCAGUACCGUCAGAGAGGGAAGACUUGCAUAAUUUCUGCUGGUUACCAGAAUUAGGAGUUUGCUUGGGUCUUGCAGCAACCAAAAAAAGGGAAAAGGCAAAAAAAACCCAAAACAAUGACAACUUGAGCUUUCUUUAAUCCUUCGUGUCCUGGUAUCUCCAAAACACUGGCUAGGGAAGUACCCUCUUCUCUAAAGCCUAUAGAUGAAGAUGUCUCCUGAUUGUAAUGAAGCCACAAACUGGCCUUCCUCAGCUGGUGCAUUUGAGCCCAGAGCUUUGAAGUCAGGACAGACUGAUGGCUUCCUCAGGUUUUAUGGUCCAUCAAUCCACUCUCAGUGAAUUACAAGGUGGUAGCACUGGAAUACUUGGACUCUGCAGAUUUGCUCCCAACAGUCCUUGUGGACUGAGGGAAGUGGUGCCAAAGGGUAGCAGCCCAGGUGCUCCUGGAAGCCAAGAUGUGUCCUGUAGGCCACCCCCAGAAAGAGUUAAUAAUCCAGAGGCAUGUUCCAGGUGUUUGGAGUGAGGACAGUUGCAAAGGGGAGGAGAGGUCAUUUUUGGGUGGAGAGAGCAGCCCUCUCUGUGAGCCAAUGGCUAAACGAUUUGGUCCCAACGCCCAGUUUUGGGGAUUAUUUCAUGGGCAAGAAUUCGCAGGACUUUCCUCUCAAAGAGAUUUGUUCUGGAUGAAAACUAGAGACUGGACCCCCAAGCUUGUUGGUGUCUCCCUGUCUGCACUGUAGAAGUUCUCAGGAUGGACUCGUACCUGAUCCAAGUGAAUGGCCGUGGAGACCACGCCCCUAUGCGAGAUGUUCAUCUCAAGAGCACUGGGAACACCAUAUCACCUGGGAAGGCAAAGGGCCGGAAGCCAAGAUGGGCUGUCAGGGCUUCUGAAAUGUCAAAGAAGACUUUCAAUCCUGUCCGAGCCAUCGUAGACACCAUGAAGGUGGAACCCAACCCAAAGAAAUCUAUGAUUUCCUUGUCCUUAGGAGACCCAACGGUCUUUGGAAACCUUCCCACAAAUGAUGAGGUCACACGGGCUGUGAAGGAGGUUUUGGACUCAGGACGGUGGAAUGGUUACGCUCCAUCUGUUGGCUACCAGUCCUGUCGGGAAGCUGUGGCUGCAUACUACAACUGCCCAGAGGCACCACUGAAGGCUCAGGAUGUCAUCCUAACAAGUGGCUGCAGCCAAGCCAUAGAGCUUGCCUUGGCAGUACUGGCCAACCCAGGCCAGAACAUCCUGGUGCCACGGCCUGGCUUCUCCCUCUACAAGACUCUGGCAUUGUCUAUGGGGAUUGAAGUCAAACUUUACAACCUCUUGCCAGAGAAGGCCUGGGAAAUUGAUUUGGAGCACUUGGAGUCUCUGGUGGAUGAGAAAACAGCUUGCCUCAUUAUGAACAACCCAUCAAACCCCUGUGGCUCUGUGUUCAGCAAGAGCCAUCUCCAGGAGAUCCUGGCAGUGGCAUCAAGACAGUGCGUGCCCAUCCUUGCUGACGAGAUCUACGGAGACAUGGUGUUCGCUGAUUGCAAGUUUGAACCCAUUGCAACUCUCAGCACCAAUGUGCCAAUCUUGUCCUGUGGUGGCUUGGCAAAGCGGUGGCUAGUCCCUGGCUGGCGAAUGGGCUGGAUCCUAAUUCAUGACAGGAGAGACAUCUUUGGUAAUGAGAUCAGGGAUGGCCUUGUAAGACUGAGUCAGAGGAUCCUAGGACCCUGUACACUUGUCCAAGGAGCAUUGGAGCGUAUCUUGCGCCGAACACCACCUGAGUUCUACCACAACACCCUAAGCAUCCUCAAGUCCAAUGCUGACCUUUGUUAUGCUGCCUUAUCAGCUAUCCCUGGCCUUCAGCCUGUCCGGCCCUCUGGAGCCAUGUACCUCAUGGUCGAGAUUGAGAUGGAGCAUUUCCCGGAGUUUGAAAAUGAUGUGGAGUUCACGGAGCGACUCAUCUCAGAGCAGUCUGUGUUCUGCCUGCCAGCCUCGUGCUUUGAGUACCCAAACUUCUUCCGAGUGGUGAUCACCAUGCCUGAGGAGAUGAUCUUGGAGGCCUGCAGUCGCAUUCAGGAGUUCUGUGAGAUGCACUACCAGGGUGCUGAGGGAGCCCAGGAUCUGGAGUGCGACAAGUAGCCACAGCUGGCCUUCUGCCUCUGUCAGGCUAGACCUUGUGUGAGGCAGCAGCCAGGCAGGCAAGGCUGCUUCCAGCCAGCCCCACACCCCCCUGCCUGCAAGCAGCCACUGUCUUGCUGCAUCAAUUUUUGUGCUCCAGAGAGCCUCAGCACUAUGGGAAGAAGACGCCACUUCCUCUCCUCCUCCACUACAGCCUGCACACUCUCUCGCAUCCAGUCCCCCUGGUCUCCAUAUAGUCAGCAUCUGCACCCUGUGGUGGUCUAUGCUGCCUGUGAACCAGCUGCAGGCAGAGGCAGAAGGCUGUUCCUGGGCCAGCCCCUGUGGCAAAGGCCCCACUGGCCUGUGGCUCCUGUGCUGGCCAUACUUACCCUCAGGCCACUGUCUCAGAGGAUAAGAGAAAAGUACCCACCUCUCAGUUACUUGUGUUACCUUAGGAGGCCAGAGCUCUUUAUACUAAGCCCUUUGUGUGACAAAGGUAGUAAGUUAUUGUAACUUUUUUUAUUAAUAAAGAUUCUGACAUGUCAA